AUGUCGUUUCUAUAUUCUCAUUCUUGUGAGUGCUUAAAGUCUGAGUUAGAUCUAUUCUCCAUACCUCCUACACAAACCUCGAUAGAAAGCUCUCAAUGGGUACACUAUAAACCGGUAACAUCCCUUACCGAUGACUCACCUAUAGAAUUUGUCGUCCCUGGUCAUGGUGAUGAAUACAUUGAUUUGGCUCACACAAUGCUAAAUCUUAGGGUGAAAUUAAUAACACCACCUAGGGUUGCUGCAAAUGCCGAACAAUUGGAUAGAGUUGGUCCUGUAAACAAUCUAUUACAUUCGUUAUUUAAUCAAGUCCAUGUCUAUUAUAAUCAAAAAGUUGUAUCUCCACCCAGUAAUUCUUAUGCUUAUCGGGCAUACAUUGAAACUCUACUUAACUAUGGUCCUGCUGCUAAAAAUAGUCAUCUGACUACCUCUCUUUGGUAUAAUGAUUUCGAUGAAAAUGUGGGAUUAAAAGCUCGCCAAAAAUAUUUAAGUGCUAGUAAAUCUAUUGAUCUUAUUGGACACCUGCACUGUGAUGUUUUUAACCAGGACAAAUUUCUUAUCAAUGGUGUGGAAUUGAGGCUACGACUAUUAUGCUCAAAAGAUUUAUUCUGUCUUAUGGAUGACACAAAUGGCUGUAGUAUAAAUAUUGAGGAAGCCUCACUAGUUGUGCGUCGAGCAAAAAUUAGUCCCGGUAUUCUAUUAGCUCAUGCAAAAGCUCUAUCUCAUGGUACUGCAAAAUAUCCUAUUACACGUGUCGAGGUAAAAGCUUUGUCUCUACACUCAGGCGUUCACUCUGAAACGCUUGAUAAUGUUAUUCUCGGUGAAAUUCCAAAAAGAAUAAUAAUUGGUACUACUACGGUCAGAUCACCUACGACCUAUGAACCGAGCAUUACGGUCAAUUCUGAAGAUUCGGAUAAGGAUACGGUAGACUUGAUUAAAAAAACUACCCUACCAAUAUCAUCUAAAAAGUAUCAACAGCCUACAAAUUCUACAAGUACUUCUACUUCCAAAAGCUCGGACAGUCGGCGUGUUUCCAGCAGAUCAGAUUCCUAA